CUGUCUCACGCGCCUGUGGCCCCGAUCGAGCGCUAGUCCGCUACGGCUGGUCCGGAAACAGGGAAAGCAGGCGGGCUUUAGCGUCCAUAUGUCACCCAAAGGAGCACCAUGGGAAUGCUGUAAACCCUGCCCACGAAACCUUGUUCUCCGCUGUUGCUGAGCGUUUACGGGCUUGCUAGUGGAGCUUCCUAGAACCUGACAGCGCCCGGUACGUGCUGGAAGCACGAGUACGGUGGCCAUUGCGAACCCCCCUCGUCGUGGCCGCCGCCUUUUCUUAGGCGUCUUCCCCCCCAACUUCCAUCUUGCUUCUUUUCACUCUGACUCAACUGCGUUGCUUUAUUGUAAUUUGUUUUCCUUCUUUACGUGUUCUAAUUGUCUAGAUUCUAUGUAACAAACUCGUUGUACGUUGUUUAUUACUAGGUCUUACUACCAACGUCUUAACGCCACAAAGACCCUGGCACAGAAUCUAGCCUAGCAUUACACACUGAAAUCAACAUCAACCAGACGAUUAGACUGCGAACUCGAAUCUCUCAGCCCCGUAUAUAGGAAGAGACUCGCAUAUCAACCUCGAUAUAUUUGACGGCUCAUACGUCGACGAUACACCACUUCGAUACCCAAUACCCUUCGACCUGUGUCCCAGUACUUGCCAUAAGCAAUCACUUGGCCAGGUUUAUCCGAGCUUGGCACCACAGGUUGUUGCCAUUCUGAGCGUCAAACUACAAAACAUUCUUGAUCGACGGAGCGACUUACAACAUCUGAAGCAAGAAUUGUUAAACUUCUACUUAUAUACCGACCGCUGCUGGUCCAAGUUGCAAUCUUAUAUGGCGACGAUUGUAUAGCAGCAACGCCGCUGGUUAUAGCAUGUUUGUUCAUUCAGGCGCUGGGCUUCAUGGCCACGAAUUCUCUUCAUCUCAAACAACAUCCCAACGAGCAAAGCAUCCCCUCCUACAGUCAAGCAUGCGCCGCUCUGUCGCAGUGGCCGAAUCAAGACGGUUUUCAAGCCCAUUGGCACCAACAACGCAAAUGAAAGUGCCUCUUGAUCUAGAUUCAAAUCAUAACCGACGUACAUCCCUGCCACUGAACCAGCGCUCUGUAUCCGAAUAUAUCCGCAACAGGGACCACGCGGUUCGAUUCCACGACGAGUUGCAAUUUAGCGAAAACUCGACACCAGUUCAGAGCGAAGACGAAGAGUCAAUCGCAGGCUCUGAUUUCACAACCGCAACAAAUACUUCAUCGAACAAAAAGAAACGGAGGCAGCGAGCGCCACGGAAUUCUACAAGGUUUGCUCUCGCGCUGCCACCACCUCAGUUGCGGACCAAACAGCGAAUGCUUGUACAGCUGCGGCCACGCCUCCUACUUCAGUUACAAGAACUAGGGCAGAAGAGAACUCUACCUGCCUUUGAUGUGGUCCCGUCUAGUCAUUUAGCAGGAACUCUUAUUCUGCCUGCAUUACGAAAGCGCUGUCCCCGAUUGUUCCGGUCAAAUCCAGACCUCGGUCCCAACGAUUUGGUGAUUGUUAGGAGUGAAGAUUUUACUUCGUCUACUGCCAAGUCUGGUAAAGACGAAGAAGAGAACAGAAUCGACCAGCGAGAGGUUUUGGCGAUUAUAUCACCAGUCUCUCAAGAUGGCAGCCCAUCGGCAGAAAUCGUAUUUGCCGAUGGUUCAAUAUGGACUAUUCGACCGUUGAGAAAUAAAUCGUAUGAAGUUGUUCUAGCAGAUGGAUCAGCACAACCAGUGACUGCGCGAUGGGCAAGAAAGCCUCAGCCCAAGAGACGAACCAGCAGUGCGUCGGCGGACAUGGCCUCUGGGACUGUUGCUGCAGAACCCAAAUGGACUUUUAGCAUAAUGGAUCCUUCAGCUCGACGCCAUCCUAUUAUGGGAAUCCUAACAAACGAAAUGUUGGAAGUCUAUGACAAUUAUACAACCUUGUCAGCUUCCAGCGGUCGAUAUCCGCCAACUCGUUCGUUUGCACCUGAAAUGUCGGCCCAAGAUUCAGCAGAGGCCGGUGCUAGACCACGAACAACUAUACCCGUCAAUGAGAAACAUAAAAUACUGAUGAUGGUAUCUUCAGUGUGGAUCAACUUGAGCGAACAAGGCUGGCCGGCAUCCAUGAGUCCAAGGUUAUCACGAGCGCUGCACCGCUAUUCGGGAUCGGAAUCAUUGCCGAGAUCACAGACAUUCUCAGGAUCGCAUCGACGAACCUCAAGUGAUAGCCCGGCGGAUAAAUCUGAAAGGAGCAGUCUGGAGCAGAGAAGUGAUACUUCCACGAGAGGGCCUGGUUCAACGGUGCCUACUCGAUCUGCUUCAACAGCAGCCAAUUUCUUUCGGAGAAAGCGGCAGUCGGAGAUAUCAGCAUACGAAUUUCGUCAGAAUUUCGAUGCAGAAGAACCAAGCAAGAAAAAGCCGACAUCGAAACUAGCACGCCUAAUCAGAGCAUGCUUGGGGGGAUUGAACCAGAAGACGAAGUCAUAGUACGUUGGCGGGGCGGAAAUGUAAAUUUAACUUUGCCUGUGAUGACAAUCCAGGCGUGUACUAUCAGUAUAUAGCGGGCGGAUAGAUAUUCUUUCCCCUACCAUUACCCCAAUUAAAACUCUUCUUAGCCAAUAUGAAUGUUCUAGCCCGUUGUUAGCGUGACUGUGCAA